AUGAGGGGCAGUUUGCCAAAUGAUGGAAAUAAGGUUGAACGAAAAGGAAGAUCGGAUACAAUCUCUGGUGGACUGAGCCCUUCUCUGCAACCCGCGAAGAGUUGGAGAACAAUGGAUUCGAGGAACACCCCUUUACCGACCUCUCUGGUCCAUGCCUCUGCACCCUCAUCACCCCCUGAUACGGUGGAGAGUUGUGAUGGCUAUUACUAUGAGUUUGAAAAUGGUACCACAGCAAUUGGUUUUAUUUUGAACAAGGAAGGUGUUAUGGUAGCUGUUGAUCAUUCAAGCAUACCAUCUGGUUCAUUUCCCCAAAACGUAAUUGUCUUCCAUUCACACCUGCUUACCACUUUUUCUGGCGGGAGUAAAGAUUCGCUUGAACGUUUGCCGGUUUAUCUGCAGAAGAAGUGCCACGAAUAUGAACUCAAGGAGGGGAAAAAAGCUUCUGCUGCAGAAGCAUCCAAGUGGCUGGCUGAUUUUCUGUCCCUUCAUCCUGACAGUGAUGACCGUUUGUCCCUAGGAGUACUAAUUGCUGGGUGGGACAACGAAUUGGGACCUGCCUUGUAUAAAGUGAACGGUAAGGGGAAACUACGUCAAAGUCCAUACCUUGGAGCUGGAUGUGGUUCAAGUGGAUCUGGUGGAUUGAGUUAUAGAGUCCUCGGUAAUUUGUCCCUGGCUGAUGCUACAGAGGUGGCCAAAAAAGCACUCUGUCUUGGUGUAUGUUAUGUUCCUGAAAGUGAGGGAUGUGUGAGUGAAUCAUUUCUUCAGCAAAGUGCCCUGGCAGAGGAAGGUUUUGGAGAAUUUCAUGAACAUGGCAAAAAAAAACCUUCGACCUAG